AUGUUGGAAAUAGCAAUUCGAGAAGCUAAAGGAAAUGGUUCAUUAUAUACAGAUUUUAAAAACUGGCUAAUAUGGAAUUAUGAGCUGUUCCGAGAGCAUUGUUCUGUAUUAAUGAGUGAUGAACAUGGCCUAAGUGCACGACAUAUUCAUGAACUAAUGAAUGAUAUUCUCAACGAAAAAUACCCAAAUGAAGCUAGUUUCAAUGCAGCGUUAACCGAAUACGACCAUGUGAAAGAAACUCUAAGAAAACGAACACUACAUUAUUCAACGGAUGAUGAAAUUCAAUUUUCAAUAUUUAAUCUUUAUUUUUCAAAUGAAUGGCGAAAAUUCGAAAAUGAUGUUCAAGAGGCUAGUAAGCCUGUCGAACUACAAAAUCGAGAAAUCGAUGCUGCUAUCGAAUUAGUUAAUUUAGAACAGAAACGAACAUUUUUACAACAAAUGGCUAAAAAAAUUGGUGAAAUCUAUGAAAGCAUACGUCAUAAACUACAACAAAUACGAAACAAUGGAUUUACAUUAUCACAAGCAGUUUUAAAUCCAAUUUGUUCACCUGUUGAAAGUGACAACCCGAGUAAAACGGCAAUACUUGUUAUUGGUAGUGUGGCCAUCUCGAUUGGUAUUGGUGCAGUCGCUGGCGCUGUUGGUACAGCAUUGUACGCUGAUACAUCAGUAUUUAGUAUGACAGUAGCUGACUCUGUUGUUGGCGGCAUAGCGUUGACAAGUACGACUUUAACUGCUGUUGGUGGUAAAGCAGCCCGAGAAAGUGCAUUAGAGGUUAAGAAAGCAAUUAAUAACGAAUUAUUACAACGUAGUCAUUCACUAGCUCAGUUUAAAGUCGAAGAAGAAGAAUAUCGUAAACGUGCUAGAGAAGAAAUGACAGACAAAAGAAAAAAAGCUGAACUGGCCAGACGGCAAACAUCGCUUAUGUUAGUUAACAGUGAUGCUAAUUGCACUAAUCAACAAGAAUACGGACGUUCAGCAAUUGUAAACGACGAAGAUCGUCUAGCCGAUGCUGCACAAGAAAUGCAAUUUGCAACGGAAGAUAUAUCAAGAGAAUUAAUCGAAACAUACAAAGAAGAAAGAAACAUAAAUGAUCUCAAAAACGUUAUUCAACAAGCUCAACAGGUCAAAGAUGCAAUAAAACAAAAACAAAAUGGCGCAAUUAAGUCAGUGGCAAAAGCAUUAGUUACAACACUAAAUAAUCAAGAUCGAUUUGAGGAUGCUGAACGAACAUUAAAUGCGUUGAAAAGACAAGAUUUACGAGGAAUUAGGAAAUCUUGUUAA